ACGCAAGAUCUGUCUAAAGUUCGAGAGAGCAGUGGAUCACUAGUACGGACAUAGGACAGAAGUGUACAAGCUUCACGCAAACAAUAAUAAUCUGGCGAACUGUCGUGUACUUUAUUGUUAUCGGACUUAUCAGUCAAUAAUAGUGUACUGAUUUAGGUUUAUAAGACCAAAAUCUAGCCGAAUCAUCUCCACUUCGAUUCAUUUCAUUUAUUGCGACCAGUCGCAUUAACCGAUAGUAACUACUGCGUAAAAUGGAGUUCCUCAGCUUCGACGCAAAGGAAAAAUCUUUGAAGUUAGAAAAAGGUGCUGUUCCUGUUCCGGGACCGGACGAAGUUUUGGUCAAAGUUGCAUACGCUGGGAUCUGCGGGACUGACUUGCACAUAAUUGAAGGUAUCUUCCCCUGCAAAUCAGAUGGCCCAAUAACACUGGGACACGAGUUCUCGGGGGUUGUGGAAGCCAUCGGUACCAAUGUGACAGUGUUCUCGAUCGGUCAAAACGUCGUCGUAGACCCGAACGCCGGUUGCGAAAGUUGUGAUUUUUGUCACAAUGGGAAAUAUCAUUUCUGUCAAAGAAGUUCACACAAAACUGUCGGGAUCUUUAAGGAUGGUGGCUGGUCUACCCACGCCGUGGUUCCAGAGUCACAGGUUUUCUUGGUUCCGGACGGGGUGACGUUAGCUCAGGCAGCCUUGGUGGAGCCCGUGUCCUGCUUGAUUCACGGACUGGACUUGAUUAACCCCAUCAACAUCGGGUCCAGAGUACUAGUGAUCGGGGCUGGCAUAAUCGGGUUCCUCUGGUCAAUCGUUCUGCACUUGCAGGGUCACCGGAAAUCCGUCACGAUGAGCGUUCGUCGCGAAAAGCGAAGAGAACUCUUCGAGAAUCUCAAUUUGGGUUACCAGGCGCUUACACCAGCCGAAUUGAAAGGUCGGGAAUUUGAUUUGGCAAUAGACUGCAGCGGUUCCAGUUCGGCAAUGGAGGAAGCUUUGACCCUUCUUGGCAGAGGGGGUCGCCUGUGUAUAUUCGGAGUGGCCAAUCCCAGCGCAGAAGUUAAAAUCAAUCCAUUCGAGGUGUACGCAAAGGAAUUGACUAUACUGGGUGUGAAUAUCAAUCCGUUCUCUUUCCCAAAGGCGUUAACGUUAGUGGCAUCACUCGCCGAUACAUAUUUGGAUUACGAACAAUUGGGAAUCGGUGUCUUCAAAUUGUCACAAUAUGAAGAAGCUUUGAAGACAUUGAAGAAUGGCCACAUCACUAAAGCAGUAUUCAAGUUUUAGAUUGUCGCAUGUAAUAAUAGAGAUAGCAGGUUUAUUGUAGCAAUUAGCAAUACUUGUUUGACUGAACCAAAUAUGGUGAAUCGAUGUUUUAUUUUGCGUCGAAAAUUUUUUUUACACAUCUCACCUGAUUAGAAAGAAAGACAGCGAAAUGCUUUGCAGAUCUUAACAAUGAGAAAUAACUUGACUCGUCAAGCAAAGCGUUAUUUGUUCUUGAAUCAACUGAAUAAUGAUUAAAAGAAAUGAUUUUUUCGGCUCAAUAUACGUACAAUAUACGAAUCAGAAAAAAACAUCACUCUCUGUGUACGCGACAUGUACAAACUUCUAUACGUGCAAGUGUAAUAAAGAUCAUUGUUGACUGAUA